AUGGGCAAGCGAGGUCAAUGGUCAGCCGAAGAAUGGGAUGCAUGGCGCUCCUCGCAUGGUCAGCCAUCUGGUGGAUGGCAUCGACAGAAGGGCAAGGCCAAAGAGGGCAAAGGAGACAACCCCCGCAAGGGAGCCGACACCCACCGAGACCGACGGCAGAACACCUUCCCUUCCUUCGAGACUAUGGAGGCGGGGAGCAGCAGCACAAGAUCGACUACCAAACCCAAGGACUCCAUGGAGAUCGACGACGAGGCACCUUCCAACGGCCAGGUUGCCCGUGGAGUCCAAAAAGUACUCAACAGUCUGAGGAAGGCGGACGGCAAGGCCCGCCGCUUGGCCGAGGACAAGGUGGAGACCCAGAAGAAAUGGGCAGCAUGGCGCGAGGAGCUUCAGCAAAGCUUCCUCAAAGAGAAGAAGCGAUACCAGGACCGCAUCGACAAGAUCACCCAGGAGCUUAUGGAGGCCGAACAGGCGCAAGAAGAUGCUCUUGGCGAACUUCAGAUGGCCCUCCUCGAGCCCCAGGCCCUGCCCCGGAGCAAGGCCACAAUCCCCGAGGACCCGGCGGCGCUGGCAGAAUUCGAAGAGCUCCUUCAGUCGCCAGAAAAGCGGCCGAACCAAGGCAUCGCCGACUUGCUCACGGGUGCCUUUGCUGGAGGACGCAUGGACAAGGCCGAGCGACGUCAAAUGCUGCUGGAGGCCAUAACGGAGCACAAGGCAGCCCGCCGCCAGAAGACACCACCAGCUCGCAGGCGCCGAUCCCCGAGUCCGACUACUCCACCAGGCGACAAGCCGAACCCACCGACCACCCGGCACCAAACCGGUACGGAGGACACCUACAGCGGCAAUGCGGAAGAUGCGGCCAAGCCGGCACCAUUUCCAGCUUCACCCUCGACUAUGACGACGAGGCCCUUGCCUGAUGGAACAGCCAGAAUCAAGUCGAGAUCUUCUGCCCGCAUACCUGUCAAACAGGUUGGCAGAACGCCAUCGCGCCCCAAGUCGGGAGCCUCUUUGGCGGAAAAGUUGGAAGCCCGCAGGGGGAUUGUCGAUGCGGGAGCGAUCGCGGAAUCCGACGAGGAGAUCCCGAUAGCCGACCUGACGGUGGUGAACACACUCGAUGCGGGCCAGCCUUCCUCCCUUCGCUACGGCUUUUUCGGUCUGUCCGGGCGCAGGGAAGGCGACACCACGGUGCUACAUCCUGACGGUGUUCGUGGGAUUCACGAGACCGCUGGGUUGGAGUAUCCUUUGUUCGGGCACGGCCCUACGGGAGGCCACGACCCUGGAGAUACAAGGAGCAGGAUCACCUACGAUAUCCUUGACCUCUUCGCCGACGCUAUCGACUACUUGGGUGUUGGCCUGAUACAGUUCGGAGAGGAAUGGAGAGCCAGCGGUUUGGGUUUCUGCUGCUCCCUCAUCCUGAUCCAGUUCGGAGCAUUACUUUCAAUGCUUAAGGUGCGACCUUGUGGUUGCUCUGGCGGCCCGCACCGCCCCACCAGGAACCCUUUUCUUAUGGCGGCACGUGUCCUCCUGAUAUUUGGUUUGCUUUCGCCCUCUAUGGCAGCAACCACAGACGAUGGAACGCCGCGACCUCCCAGGAACGGUGGCCACAACAGCCUGGGCUUCCCAGCGAUACCAAGGCAAACCGACCUCGAGCUAUGGGCUUCAGGGCAACUCACAGCACGUGAACAGAUGCUCAAUGCCUAUGAUGCCUAUGUUGCUGGAUUACCCCUGGCCCACUCUGAAGGAGAGAUUGCACCGCCCAAUAUCACUGUCGCUGCUGUUGCCGAACCAGGUGACCACACCACCCCUGCCUGGGACGAGCGGCGUGCCGUACAUGUCACUGUCUGGGUGGCAGCUCCCUACUUUGCCACGGAGGUCGUUGACCUUGGGAUUGCCUUCCCACUGAGCGAACAACGGCUCUGUGAUGCAGUCAAGGGAACUUGUGUCAACAUGCCCGACUACUUCGAGACGAUCCUCCCUACGGUACCGCAGAUCGGCUCGCACUAUGGAAGCUGCCUUGCUGUGCCUUCCUGGCUUCCUGGAGCAGGCAAAACAGCACUGGUGAUGGACAGCCGGGGUAUUGGGGGAGAGAUCUUCCCUUUCAUCCUCGACGGCCCGCUCACCAAGCGGGCCCUCACCAAACAGCUGCCGGACGAGGCUGACCCAGUCGACCUUUACCUCUUUGGCAAUGCAGUGCCCAUGGCUGGUGAAGGCGAGUACCAAACAGUGCAAGGAGGAGUCAUCAAGGCUUUCUAUGAGGGAAGCCAUUGCGUCUGGGAAGGCCAUCUCAGUGAACGACUGGAGGACCCCUCGCAUUGGAACCCUAUGCUGAACCCCCCGGGCACCAACGAUGCACCACACGAGCUCGUCUACUACGACAUACCGGGUGCGGAGGAAAACAGAUUGGAGCUUGCCGAGAGCCUGCUGGGGUAUGCGUCAGGACAAUGCUGGAUCUGCGAGCCAACCCAUCCAGCAGAGGACCUGACCCAUGCAGGGCGACGGGUUCAGAAACAGAUCGCGGUCAUGCCAGGCCCGCGAUCCACCCAUGAGGACGACCCGGACGCUACAGUCAUCUUCGUCGACCUUCGUGGCCUUGGGCUUUUCCCUCAGUGGUUGUUGCUCCCACGACAGCUCUUUAACUCCGCAGAGUACCUAGAGGGCAUCCAGGCCCCGAUUGUUGAUGGGUGGACUGUUGUUGUCGAGGGAGGUGAGCUCACCAACAACCCCGAACUCCUCAAGGUCAACCAUUGUGAGACCCUCAACUUCUUCCUCAAGGAAACGGGCGAGCUCACAGCGACACCUACGGCGGGAGACGACAGCGACCAAAACGAGGACGAUGAGGACCAGGACGAGGGCGAUGACAGCAGCAGCCCGAGAGAUGCCCUCCCGAACUCCUCAGACCUUUCGGAGGGCACACCGCCCACGGGACCCGGGCCAUUCGGGCCACCACGGCCCACGCCGGUCAACGACCGAAGCCGGUCCCCAAGGAGAAGAACGGUUCACAUUGCUGAAGCAGUACCACCUCCAAGCUUCGACCUCACUCGUGAGGCCCUGCCACUGCCAGAAAACGAGCAGCAGACUCGGGCUCUCCUCGGAGUCUGGCCGCCCGAUUGGAUGGCUUUCGAUGUGAAGACCCUCUCACUCCAGUCAGCCACUGCCGAGGCCCUCGAUACAUUGCUUCACUGGAGCCAACUCGUGCGACAGCCGUCCCGCCCCCGAGUACACAUCUACACGGAUGGAUCUUACAAGGCUUCAUCUCGAACGAGCGGGGCCGGCAUUGUGAUCCUCCUUGAGCUCGGCACCAUGUUGGCCCUGUACGGCAUUGUUGGGGAGCCCAUCUUGGGCUCUGACACUCAGGUGUGGGGCGAUUCCCACGCCCCCGCCCUCCACGCAGAGCAGGUGGCUAUCGCGAUUGCCCUAUUAUGGGCUGGGCAGAGCCUCCACUUCCUUCGACCCAGCGGCUUCACCAUCCACUUCGACUGCCAAGCUGCGGGAUGGGCCACGGAUGGCACAUUUGCCUGCUGCAAUGAGCUGGCGGUGAAAAGCCGCAACCUGGAAAUGUACCUACAGGAGGUAACCCAACACGGCCUUCAGUUUGAGUAUGUACAGGCCCACUGCUCCCAUGCUUGGAACGAGCUAGCGGACUCGGUUGCCAAAGCGGCGGCUGCCCAGCACACCGACCUCCCAUACCCACCGCCUGAUGUACCUAGUCUCUUCAUGAGCAUGGACCUGAGUUGGAUGGCGGCGAUUCUACACGGAUGCAGGCACCAAGCACUACCCAUCGUUGGCCACAAUCUGGUGUGGGACCCAACCAUACCAUCUGGUCCCAGUCCUUUGCAGCCCCAGGACCUCAUCCAGACACACUCUGGCCGGGUUGGACAACCAGAUGGGCCGUCUUUCUUCUCGACCAGGGUCGCAACGGUCAACGUGCAAGGACUUGGGGGCAAACAUCGCUACCUGUCUGAUCAGUUCCAGGAGCACCACCAUCAGAUCAUAUUCCUGCAGGAGACCAAGGACUCCGAGGGCGUAUGCAAGACGGCGGACUAUAUGAGAAUCCAGACAGCCUCCGAUUCACAUUGGGGGGUUGGUAUUUGGCUCAAUGCUGUCCGCGGUUUCUGCACGAUCGAUGGGGCCCCGCUCAUCGCUGCUGAGGAGGACAUCCAGAUUGUCUGCCACUCCCCGAGAUUGCUGCUUAUUGUGGUCCGAAAAUUGCAACGCCGCUUCAUCCUGUUCGCUGGUCACUGCCCCCAUAGUGGGCGACCCACGGAGAGGGAAAGAUUCCUCGACGAACUUGCCUCGCGGCUCCGAGAAGUCGGUCCAGCGGCCCUGCUGCUCGGAGGGUUGGACUUGAACGGCAAGCUGCCUCCGAACCUACCAGAUGUCACUGGCAACCUCCAACAUGGCGACCCCGACGCAGCGGGUCAACAGCUUGGAGGACUUCUCUCUGAAAUCGGGGCCUGGAUCCCGGCGACGUACGAGGAGCUCCACGUGGGACCUACGACCACGUAUGUCCACCCAUGCGGAACCGAGUCCCGCAUCGACUACUGCAUCCUGGGAGGCACUCUUCGGACUACUCGAGUGUGCAGCUGGUCAGACGGGGAGAUUGACACGGGCAAUAAGCAGGAGGACCAUCGCCCCGCAUGUGUGGCCAUUGAAGGCACUUUCGCUCGUGCCAAUGACCUCCCUCAACUACGACGGCCGCGGUUUGACCGUCAGAAGCUACAGACACCUGCCGGCAAGGUUCUCUUUGCACAGGCAAUGCGGGCAUAUGUCCCGCCAACCUGGAACACCCAUGUGGACACCCAUUGCCAACACUUCCAGGACUACAUCCUGGCUGUCCUCACCGCCCUCUUUCCAGCCCCAGUGCACGGAAGGCGGGCGACCUACAUACCAGACCAUGUCUGGCAAUGGCGAGAUACGAAGAUCCGUCUCAAGAAACGAACUGCCCAUAGACGUGGCCUCUGGAAGAACCUACUUGGACGGGCGUUUCGGAUGUGGGCUACCGGAGCUCAGGGCAAUCUCGAGGAGGAAAUCGCCACGCAGGGAGUUUUCUACGAGCUCUCCGCCACUGCGAUCGGAUAUGUGACCGCCAAGAUCAAACGGGGAAUCUACCAGGCCAAGGACGGCUUCCUCAAAGACUUGAUUGCAGAUGGGGUUCGCAGCACAACCGACCUCCUUCGCAAAAUGAAAUUGCAUGGGGUAGGCGGUCGAAAAGCCAGGACCCACUCGCGCCCCCUCCCCAUCCUGCUGGACGUUACCGGCGAGGCUAUCACAUGUCGUGCUGACCGAGAUGACCUCUGGCUACGACACUUCAGUGCGCAGGAGAUCGGUACUGUUCUCAGUGUCACGGACUUUCUCAGCGCUGAGACUGCCAAAUGUGCCGGGGUUGAGGAGAUAGAAUGGUCUCUCGCAAACAUGCCUACCCUGGUCCAACUGGAGCAGCUACUGAGAAUGGCCCCGAAGGGCUUGACGGAAUUCCCGGAGAAGCCCUCAGGGCGGCCCCCAGUGCCCUGGGACACCCUGCACGGACUACAUUUGGGGAGUAAGCGGCAGGCCCCCAUCCAGUUCGCCUCGCUCUACUUGCUGAGUCUGUUUCGAGCUGGAGUCCGAGGGAAACGCUCCAUUGGAGCGCUGUUCCUACACAGCAGGGCUGCUUACUACAGAGUUGCCCGAGAGGUGGCCAUGGGGCCCAUCUGCGAUGACAACUCGGUGGCCCGGGUCUUCAAGCAUUUCGACUUAGACGGGGAGGAUAUCCACGACCUCCACCAUCUGAUCCGAGCUGGGGGCUUAAUGACUGAAGCCGGGGGUUCUUCGAUGACCACGGCAGCUGUACGAGACCUCCAUCAUCGGACGUGGGCCAUCAGUGCCUACUCCACUGGAGAGGCCCUCGCCUCCUCCCACGCUGGAAGCCGUCCUGGCGAGUCAUUCGCCGACGCUAUCUUCUCCUUUGUGUACGCAAGAGUCUUGGGCCAAAUCACCGAAAUCCUUGAUGGUGAAGGGGUGCUGUCGUACGCCAAGUACGACUCUGCUGUGGGAGCCUUCGGUGGCAACGAUGAGGGUACCCCCCACUUGAUCAGGGACGCCACGUGGGCAGAUGACAGCUCCUUCCCUUUUGAGGACGACUGUCCAUGGCGAUUGGUCAGAAAGGCUCAGAGAAUCAGUGCUGUGGUCAUUUCAAAAUGCCAGUCCUUCGGGAUGGACCCCAACUUGGCCCCGGGGAAGACGGCACUGGUGCUCUCUCUUCGCGGCAAAGGCUCCCAGGCGACCAGACGACAUUUCUUUGCCGAGAAUGGCCGUUCUCUUGCACUCCCUGACCUCCAGCUUGCGGUCCCUGUCGAGGCCCAGUACACCCACCUGGGCGGGGUAUUGGACAUGAACGCGAAUGGCAAGGCGGAAUCCAGACGCCGCUUGGCUUUAGCCCAAAGCUCCUACGACAGUGGACGACGCCUGGUGUACCAGAACAAGAUGCUCCCGCUCUCCACGAGAGCCAAGCUCUUCGAGGUCUCGGUUUUACCCAGCAUUUUCAAUCUGUCGCAGUGGGUGCCUCGCGGGGAGGCCUGGACAAGGCUAGCCCUGGGGUACACAAGGAUUGUGCGCAACCUCCUCGUUCCCCAUGUCCCGGACGACAGGCUUUUCCACGUGCCCUCCACCCUGAUCUACAAGGCUACAGGAUGCUGGCGUCUGGAGCUACAUGCCAGAAAGGCACGCUUAAGUCUCCUGGUCUCGCUGAUCAUUGCAGGCCCUGAGGUCCUCUGCGGUGUGCUACAGACAGAGCGAGAGUGGCUUUACACGGUCCGAGAUGAUCUAUGCCAGCUUCGGGCUGACCAGCCACACUGGCCGCCAAUCCAGGAGGUGAGCUGGCCGCAAUGGUGGCACCAGAUCCGCGAGAGCCCUUCUCGCUUCAAGCUGGGGGUCAAGAAAAUGCUGCGACGGCAGCACGAGAAGAUGAUGGGCAUCGAAAUCCAGAGUCUCGCCCUCUGGAGUCUGUCCCGACAGGCCACCCUUCCAGGUACUACCCAUGGGCGACAGGAAGACCGGUGGACUUGCCGCCAUUGUCAAUGUGGGUUCAAGAAGAAAGCCAACCUGUCGGUUCACUUCUUCAAGACACAUGGCCGUGUUGCCCGACAUCGGCAAUGUGUCGUCGGAACGGACUGCGUUGCCUGUGGUGGACAGUACAGAUCGCAGGCCCGGCUCCAGGCCCACUUGGCUAGCUCGCCGAACUGUGUCGAUUAUCUGAUCCGUCUUGGGCGUACUACCUCGACCCCGCUGCCAGGGCGUGGAAGCAGUCAAUGGCGAAAGACAUCAGCGACUCAGUUCACUUGGCAACCGGUCUCUUACGAUGGUGAGAUUGCGGACCCCGUCUACCUGGCCGACCGUGAACUACCAUGGGAUGAGACACCCCUCAAGGCCUACAAGAGGCUUUGCGAGGCCCUCUCGGAGGGCGAUCAGGGACGGACUGCCCGACAGUUACGUGAUGAGAUCCGAGCGGUGCUCGCACAGCACCCCCUUUACCGUGAAGAGGAGGAGCUGAUCGUUGAGCACACCGCCAAGGAGAUCGCGAUGCUCCAGGCUGACGAACUGUUCCGCGGGGACUACCACACUAUCGAGGUGGUUCUUCGCGAUCGAGACACCCUCCUCCAUUUCACCCCGAGGCUACAUUCAGUCCCAGACCACGGGCUCGAAACUUUCAGAGAAUUUGACCGUCAUGCGGACGCAUUCGAUUGGACAGCAUUAGUCCAAGAUUGUCAACGACGGUGCGGGACCCUCGAACAGGUGCAUGUGACGCUCGAUGCAGGGUCAGGAAGGCGUGGACCCAAGUCCUUGAAGCAGGAACCGCGGUCGUAA